AUGGGAACGAUAACUACAACAGCCAUCGCUAACUUAAACAAUUCUAACUCUUACACUGAGAAUGGCUCUAGUACGAUAACAACAAUAGAUAUAGAAUGCAAAUUCACAGAAAAUGACGAAGCAAAGUCCGUCACAUGGGAUCCUAAUACUAUAGAUAACGAGCAUAUGAAUAAAAAGAGUAGUAAGUGUUGUUGUAUCUUCACGGGGAAAAAAGGACACAACUGUGAUUCCAGUUCAGAUGACGAGGGUUGUGAGAAGACAGAACGUAAUUCUAAGGAAAAGUAA